CAGCAGGCCUGCAUUGAUGAGAACAUGGAGGUGGUGCAAUUCCUGGUGGAGAACAGUGCCAAUGUGAACCAGGCUGACAAUGAGGGCUGGACCCCCCUGCACGUCGCUGCUUCCUGCAGCUACAAGGAGAUUGCCCAGUACCUCCUGGACCAUGGUGCCAACAUUGCAGCGGUGAACAGUGAUGGGGACGUGCCUCUGGACAUUGCUGAGGACGAUGGCAUGGAGGCCAUGCUGAGUGCCGAGAUUGCCAAGCGAGGGGUGGACGUGGAGGCUGCCAAGCGGGAGGAGGAGGAGAUCAUGCUGCAGGACACACGCCAGUGGCUGAAUGCCGGCAAGAUCGAUGACACCCGGCACCCCAAGACUGGUGCCAGUGCCCUGCAUGUGGCAGCAGCCAAGGGCUACAUUGAGGUCAUGAGGCUGCUUCUGCAGGCUGGUUAUGACCCCAAUGUGCAGGACAAGGAUGGCUGGACGCCCCUGCAUGCUGCCGCGCACUGGGGAGUGGAAGAGGCCUGUCGCCUGCUGGCUGAGCACCUCUGUGAUAUGAACUCUCUCAACAAUGUGGGUCAGCGGCCAUUUGACUUGGCUGAUGAAUACACACUCGGCCUGCUGGAGGAGCUGCAGAAGAAGCAGGAGGAUCUGCGCAGCAAGAAGGAAGCCAACCUGAAGCAAGCAGUGAUUGACACCAGCGUGGAGCAGCAGCCAGCCUACACCAGCAAGCACAGGAGGAGCUCCGUCUGUCGCAUGAGCAGCCGAGAGAAGAUCUCAGUCCAGGAUCAGUCCAAGGAGCGCAAGACCCUGGGCCCCAUCUCUGUUGGGGAUGAGGAGAGCGGCUCUGCCUCUGAAGGGGAAGAGCCUGACAAGCCCAGUGAGGUGAAGAAGGCAGCACCCUCACAGGAGAAGAGCACCUUGAAUGGGGUCACCAUUCCUCCCAUUGCCUCCACCAUAUCUGGGCAGAAGUUUUCUGGAGGGCCCAGCCACGUUGCGGAGCCUGAGAAGGUGCCCGCACCUGCCUGGAGGGCAGGGCUCCGCAAGACUGGCAGCUUUGGGGUCCUGCAGGAUGCCCAGCUGGAGGAGGCUUCCCCGAAGGAGGGUAGGAUCAAGCGCUCAGCAUCUAGUCCCCGGCUGGACACAGAUGAGAAGCCACAGGACAUCUGGGAGCUCCUGCAGAAGUGGAACAGGAAUCUGGUUGGUCCAGGGUUAGCCAAAAAGUCGAGCAUAGCUGCAGAAGUAGCCAGUCAGGAGGAAGGGAGUGCAUCAGGUGACCUGAACAAGGAGCCUCGCCUCGCUCGGGUCCCACCAACCCCCACCUGCCGGAUCUUUGCCCUUCCCGAGUCAGAGCCCCACAGAACGAGCUCAGAGGGUGGCUUGCAGAUGAAGAUUGAUGGGGGCUCUGCCCCUCCCCAGCCUCCCCCUUCCAGCAUCAGCAGCUCCAGCACAGACCCCCGGGACCGCCGACGGUCCUACCAGACCCCUGUGCGGGACGAGGAGUCCGAGUCCCAGCGCAAAGCCAGGUCACGGCUCAUGAGGCAGUCCCGACGGUCCACUCAUGGUGUUACUCUCACUGACCUGAAGGAAGCAGAGAAGACCAUUGGCCGAGCCGUGGACAAUAAGGUCUCAGAGCAGCGAAUCAGGGAAGAUGAGAAGCGGGACCGGGGAGAAGGGGAGCAGCCUCUGGAGACUGCGGACUCCACCCGGCGCUCCCGCUUUCCUGCCUUGGAGGGCUCCUCAGUCUAUACUGUGAAUCCCAUCGUGGUCAACUCUCAGGCAAAAAAAGGGCUGGAGCCUGAGGGGCCAGGGCCAGGUGCGGAGGCAGAGGCUGAGCUGCGGAACCGCCUGGCUGUCCGUGACCGCCGAAAAGGCCGGCGGGAGCGCCGCUCCACGGGCAUGGUGCAGGGUGGUGAGGGUGAUGAGAACGAGGAGCCCGAGGCAAACAGCGAGGUUGCUCCUGGAUACAGCAUAUCCGAUCACUUGAAUAGCCUCUUGCCAAACCGGACGGGUCCCUACAGCUCUGCUAGGCACAACAGUAUGGGCAGCUCCAGGGAGGAGCCUGACCGUGACUACAAGAAGCUCUAUGAGGACCUCCAGAUGGAGAACGAGAAGCUGAAGGAGCAGCUGCAGGAAACGCAGUUGAAGCUGACGCAGAUCAAGCUGGAGCUGGAGAGGGUGACACAGCGGCAGGGGCGGUUUGCAGAGCGGCCGGCGCCGCUGGAGCUGGGAAGAAUUGAGCGCAGGGCCUUGGAGCGGAAGGCAGCUGAGCUGGAGGAGGAGCUCAAGGCUCUCUCGGACCUGAAAGCCGACAACCAGCGCCUAAAGGAUGAGAAUGCAGCUCUGAUCAGAGUCAUCAGCAAGCUCUCCAAGUGACUACCUGCCUCCUGACUGGGCCACAGCCCACACACCCACACACACCCAUACUGCAACCGCACUUCCCCAAAAUGCGACCAUACACGUGUGCACACCCUGACCCCAGCAGUGCAACUAUAUAGGCGGGCAGGCGCGCACACACACACACACACACACACACACACACACUGGUGGGCUAGACCACGUCAAAUCAACCCCCAACCCAGGAGGCCUGUUCAGCCUGAGAAACACUCCCAAAAUCUUCCACUCGGGGUAGUGGAGGGGGGACCCCUGCCAGAGACUCCCAACAGAACCAGACCUGCUGCUUGGACCUUCCCUCCCCCUUAUUUAUCCUGUGGCUCUUUACCUUUGUUCCUGCUCUUUGUUUAAGUGAAGCUGAUCGUUUGUAGCUUUCAGGAGCCAGCACCAGGUCCACUAUGCUGCCCCCUCUCGUCCUGUUUGUGAGAGGGGUGCCCCCUCCAGCGUCUCUGUGGGUGGCACCACCCCUUUACUUCUUCCUCAGUAAUGAACAUUUUGCUUGUGGGUUGCAAGGGGGGAAGAGGUCUUUGUUGGUGUAAAGGGGCAGUGAAAACUAUCCCCACCAGAGCCGAGCUUGCAUCUGGCAGGAUUGAUGUCAUGCCAAAUUUGGAUCUCUGUUGUUGGGGCAUGGCCACAGGCUAGGCAGGGAAAAUAGCCAAGCUGGGGGUGCUGUUGGUAGGUGCUAGUGGGGCAAGGUGGGGAUUUGAUGGUGCUAGGCAUGGGAGGUGAAGAGGAGGGUGAAGGUGGGCUGAGAAAAAAGAUGGGUAAGGUAGGGAGCAAGGCAGCUGGGGGGUGCUGUGGCAGUGUUAGGGGUGGGGGGAAUACAGUGUUAGGGGACUGGGUAUUAGGGGGCUCCCUGGAUGCUGGGGGGCAUCUCACUGGGAUCUGUUCCUGCUUGGCUCUGCCCCCUCCAGCUCAAUGGAGCCCAAAAAGGGGGUGGGCUUACUACACUACUCCCAGCAGCCUCUGCUGUACUUUGUGGGUGGGGUGGGGAUUGGUGUCCUCCUGUCCUGGCCCCAUCUCCUUUGAGGUAUCAAAGGGGAUAUGGCUUUUCUUUCUCAGCAGCCUUAGAGCUGUACCUUGAGGCGGCGGGAGCUGGUGCCGCACUUGGCCCUAGCCUCUUUGAGGUGUCAAAAAGGGGCAUGAGGGGAGAUUCCUAGUUUCUUCCUCAAAGGGCUUCCUUGUGCGUGUCCCCAUGGUCUGGGCCAUGGGUGCGGGGAUCCCAGGUUGGUGCCACACUGCAGGGGAAGUGGGGCAGCAUCCCCUGAGA